GUCUUAGAAAAGGUACCAACCUUCCCCUACAAGCACCAGUCCAUAAGAAGACGUCCUCAGCCGUUCCACUCUCCUUUCUUAGCUGAUUUCCUCAAAAUAGCCCCAAAAAACCUGAAGUAGAAUAUUUCCUUCCGCUUUUCCUUCAAUUUCUUUUGCACUUUCCAUGCACCUAAAAUAACGUAGCCACAGACGAGUCCUCCCAUUUCCAACCACACCACUCUCCCGACACUGCACAUAUCCUCCCUCUUAUGCAACUUGCCCUGAUUCGAACUGCCGCCCGGAACUACUGACAAACCCCAAGGAGAUUGAAGAUGAGCGCUAGUCCUAGUCCUCCGAUGGCUAUCGCCUUGUUCAUGGUUUUUGUCCUCGUGUGUUCAGCUCCUGUUAUCAGUGGCUCCGACACAAGAAAGCUCGAUGAAACGGUUCCUGGUGCCGAGAAGUGCAGCCCAUGCACCGGAGCCCCUCCACCACCACCACCACCAUCGCCUUGCCCACCCCCACCAGCCCUGCCACCACCACCGCCACCAGCCCUCCCACCUCCCACACCUCCUCCUCCUAAGAAGCCUCCAUCCGGCCAAUACUGCCCUCCGCCGCCACCGUCAUCGUACAUCUACAUCACCGGCCCACCAGGUAGCUUGUACCCAAUCGACCAAGACUUCAAUGGAGCCUAUCAGAUUGUCAGUUCUCAGUUUGUGUUCUUGAUCGGUAUCGGGCUGCUGGGCCUUCUGGGCAUUUGGUGAAUGGAGGAUUAGCUGUUGAUUAGUCGAAUUCAAAGGACAUAAGGUCAGCUGAUCAAAUGUUUUAGGGGAGAAAAGGAAUUUUUGUGUCCCAGAUAAGAUUUAACUUUCUCCCUUUUCUUCUUUAUUCCUUGUCAAUUCCCAUCCCAUCCCCCAACAUGUACUCAAAAUUCCUGUCUUUGCAUCCCUCUCUGUACUUUCCUAAUUACCCAAUCAAUUAUUCAAUAAGCAUGAUGAAAAAUUUCUCUCUUGUC